CAGUUUAGAAGAAAGUAUAAAGUCUAUGAGUCUCAGUCCAGAGGAGGAUGACAUUCCAUGGAAAGAUUUGCGUGACAACAGAGACCUGACGGUUUUGUUUAACUGGGAUCCAAAAGACAGGGACAUUUCUGAAGAACAUAGGAAACUCUCACUGGAGGAAGAAACCGUGUGGUUGCGAAUCCGGUCUUUAACUUUAAGGCUAGUAAGCGGACUCCCAACUCUUAGUCACACUAUUCAACCAAAGAACUCUGAAAAGACUGCAGAGAACGGCGUCUCAUCCAAGAUCGAUACAAUUCGAUCCCUGCUUCAGCAGCUGGAAGUGGCAGUGGAUUCAGGGAAGAAGUUUCUAGAACAAAAAAUUCAGUAUCCUGUCCUUGGCCCUCCUCCUACCCGAAUGGCUGGCUUCUUCAGUAAUGGCAGCUGUCAGUGCCAGACUAGCUUGUUUUAUCUUGUUAGUGAUAUUUAUGAACUAGAUACCAAUGGCUUAGAAGAUUCAGCAGAAAUCCAAGAGAGGAUAGGGAAUAGUUUCAAGUCUUUAGUAGAACGACUAACAGACUUGUUUAAUAAAUGUAAAGGUGAUUUGAUUGAAGUCAGAGAUGGCACCUUGAAAACACAUCCAAACCUGUUAGAAAACCUAGUCUUCUUUGUUGAGACGAUCUCCAUUGCCCUGUGGGUAUCAAGUUACUGUGACAGUGUUCUCCGACCUUUUAAAUCCAACCUGCAAAAAAAGAAGAAGAAAAAAAAGGAAAGCAGUGUAGCUAUGCCACCUGUAUUUACGCAUUUUCUGGAUUAUGUUACUGAACUACAGACAUUAACUUCCAAUGUAAUAGAUCACAUCAAAGGGCUUGAAAUAAUUCUGACUGCACUAAAACUUGAAGAGCUGUCCCUCAAGGACACUCUGCUUUUACAGGAAGAAAAAAAGUUUACAAAGACUGUGCAAGGGAAAGUCCAGAGCAGUUACCAUCAUUCAGUUCAGGAAAUUGGAGAGCUGCUGAAAAAGAGACUUGAUACCAUUAAAAAACUAAAGAUUUGAGAAAUGCAUCCUUGACAGACUCCACAGGGGAGUGA